UGUCUUGUUAAGAAAGGCCUGAUCAUGGGCGUUUAAUUGUAUCACAACUGCUUUGAAAAAAAGUCCCUGUUUUUAUCUGCUUCGAACAUGAAGCUCGAGAUCGCAGUUCUUUUGCCGAAAAUUGUGUUCACUGCAUUGUGGAGAAUAGUUUUAUUUACAGAUCCAGUUGGGGGCUGGAGUUAGCAUAUAUUGCUGUAUUUGUAUUUCAUUAACCGUUACAGGAAUGAUAUUUCUUUCAGUUUUGAUUCUGGGACAACUGUGAAAGUUUUAAUUUACUUUCCAUCAGCCUGUUGCAGGAAGCAACGCCAAAUUAUCUUGGGACUAAUUAUAACCUAGGCGAAAGGUAGAAAUGCCGCUAAAUUGAGUUUGUGUAACUUUAUUCGUUACACUGUGUUGCACCAUAUUAGCUUUUAAAAUGCUUUAUUCGGCGGUAUUUAGAUGCAUUAACGGCAGUUAUACGUUCCGUUCAUCAUGUUUGUCCGGCUGUAUUACACGCCCUCCCCCUUUCCUCACGCCUGUUACAGACAGAUGAGGCAGUCCUGUCGUCCUGUCUCCGCUGAUGUAGAGUUUGUUCAAAAAACUUAGUUUGCAAAGUACACGAUUUGAUCGGAGGCGGACUUUAUUAUCCUUUUAAAUAUUUACUUUAAACUCAGGAUCGCGAGGGUAAAAUCGGCGGGCUUUUUGAAAGAGGCCAACUGUCAUUUCAAGUUAACCAAUCAGCCUCCAAAAAAUAUUAUUCGGCCUUUUCUGUCCCUUCCGGAGCUGUUUCUCAGGGGAUUGAGGGACGGGACUGUAUCCAAUCCCAGCUCUAGGGCGGGCUCUCCAUUCCCUUAAAUAGGCAGCGCAGCAGCGGCGUCGGCAUUGACAGCAGCAGCUUGUGUGUGUGUUGUAGAGAGUUGAAGAGGAAUGGCUAGAACCAAGCAGACAGCGCGCAAAUCCACUGGAGGGAAAGCUCCCCGCAAGCAGCUGGCGACCAAAGCGGCCCGCAAGAGCGCUCCGGCCACGGGCGGAGUGAAGAAGCCUCAUCGCUACAGGCCCGGCACGGUGGCUCUGCGGGAGAUCCGCCGCUACCAGAAAUCCACCGAGCUGCUGAUCCGCAAACUGCCGUUCCAGCGCCUGGUGCGGGAGAUCGCUCAGGACUUCAAGACCGACCUGCGCUUCCAGAGCUCGGCCGUAAUGGCCUUGCAGGAGGCCAGCGAGGCUUACCUGGUGGGGCUGUUUGAGGACACCAACCUGUGUGCCAUCCACGCCAAGCGGGUCACCAUUAUGCCCAAAGACAUCCAGCUGGCGCGGCGGAUCCGCGGGGAGCGCGCCUAAACGGAGCGUGCCCGGCCCUGCACAUUCACCCCGAGAAACGCAACGGCUCUUUUCAGAGCCACUAAACUGUCCCGAGAGAGCAGCAAUCGAUUGGCAAUGUUGGUUACUUUAUUAUGCGCCCAGUUUUUUUCUGCUGUUGUAUUGUGUCGUUUCGUCUGUUAUUAAACAAUUUCAA